AUGUUGUCCCUAAAGGGCACUCUGAUUCUGCUGUUGCUGUUCUUCAGCAGUUUUUUUGGUAGUAUCUUCAUGCUGGCUCCAUUCCUCCCGGUCAUGCUGCUGUCCACCUCCGUCUACCGCUGGAUUACUGACCGAAUCGUUGCUAUCUGGCUCACCCUCCCUGUGGCUCUGCUGGAGAUGGUGCUUGGUGUGAGGGUGGUUAUCACCGGUGAUGGCUUUGUAUCCGGUGAGCGUACUGUGAUCAUCAUGAAUCAUCGGACGCGUCUGGACUGGAUGUACAUGUGGAACUGUCUCCUCCGAUACAGCUACCUCAGAAUGGAGAAGAUCUGCCUGAAAUCAUCCCUCAAAUCCAUUCCAGGCUUUGGCUGGGCCAUGCAGAUGUCUGCAUUCAUCUUCGUUCGAAGGAAUUGGGAAGAGGACCAGCAACAUCUCAGUCUCAUGUUGGAUUACCUGUGUGAUAUCAAGCAUCCUCUGCAGCUUCUUAUGUUCCCUGAGGGUACAGAUCUCACAGGCUGUAAUCUCGAUGCUAUCCAUGAUGUGACGGUGGCCUACCCUUACAACAUUCCGCAGUCCGAGAGGGACCUAUUCACUGGCAACUUCCCCAGAGAGAUUCACUUCCACAUCCGGCGUUACCCAGCAGACCAGCUGCCCACCUCCAUGGAUGGCCUGAAGGAGUGGUGCUGCCUACGCUGGUUCGAGAAGGAAAAAUUACUGCGUGCUUACUACCAGGGCAGCCAUUCAUUCAGCGAUCUGAUUCCGACUUCCAGCCCAGUCCAGGAGCAGAGUCCAGUCCAGGAGCAGAGUCCAGUCCGGGAGCAGAGUCCAGUCCGGGAGCAGAAUCCAAGUCGGCAUGAGGUUCACAGGAAAGCUCCCAUCUGGGGUAGGGGCUGGAGUCAGAGCAAGGGCCAAAGUCGAGUUUUACUCCACAGCUCAGCUCUGAGCUGGAUUCAGAGGCAGGAUCAGGUCGGGACACAGCUUCGCGCCCGGCUGCCUCCCUGCAAGUCCAGGGGUCGGGUCUUCCUCAUCAAGUUCUUCUCUAUCAUCUACUGGACUUUUUUUGUGAUUGGCAUCUUUGUGCUCAUCUGGUCGUACAGCCUGGCACGGUGGUACUUUGCCAGUGUGGCGAUCUUCUUCAUAGCACAGGAGAAGAUUGCUGGGGGCUGUGAGGUCAUGGAGGUAGCUCUGCACAAUCGCAAACCCUCUCAGCGUUGGAAACAGAGCAGCAACCAUCGAGAAUGACACGGCCAAAACCCCCUCCAUCUGGCUCAUCCCAAGGAUUCUCCCAUUGAUCCAGCCAAUGACAGGGCAAUUCCCAUCAGAGAGACAGAAGUAAAGAUGGACUCAGCUGGGACAGGUCGAUAGAUCUCUGAAAUAUCCAGGUCUGAUGUUUCACACCAUUUCAGCCUCCUUUCAAACAUAGGCUGAUGGACACUGUGCAGGCAGAGACAUCAAGAGCUGAUGGCUUGGUAGCUGCCUCGUUUCAGACAUCCUCAGCAGGAACCCGUGUCAUACACAUCUUCACCCACCCAGUGGGUGAGACUCAGGGUCAUUCAGUUAUUAGGAAAACAAUAAUAUUCCUGUACUACACUGAAUAUGUCAGUGUCAGUGGUACCCGUCCCCCAGUGAGAGUCUGUGUGUGUGUGUGGCACUGUACCCCAGUGAGAGUCAGUGUGAGUGUGGGACCGUACCCCAGUGAGAGUCAGUGUGUGUGUGGGACCGUACCCCAGUGAGAGUCAGUGUGUGUGUGGGACCCCGUACCCCAGUGAGAGUCGGUGUGUGUGGGGGACCCUGUACCCCAGUGAGAGUCAGUGUGUGUGGGGGACCCUGUACCCCAGUGAGAGUCAGUGUGUGUGGGGGACCCUGUACCCCAGUGAGAGUCAGUGUGUGUGUGGGACUGUACCCCAGUGAGAGUCAGUGUGUGUGUGGGACUGUACCCCAGUGAGAGUCAGUGUGUGUGUGGGACCGUACCCCAGUGAGAGUCAGUGUGUGUGUGGGACCGUACCCCAGUGAGAGUCAGUGUGUGUGUGGGAGCUGUAUCCAUGGAAGCAUGGUCUUUAAUCUCAGCCUUUAACUGUCAAUUCUUGUGAAGGAGUGAAAAUUAUUGCCUGCUAAUGUAAUUGGGAAAACUGUCCAUUUGUAUUUUCAUGUUUGGAAGAGAUUCACUGGAGUGUUUUUAAAACUCCAUUGCCCUAAAUCUUUGUGUUGUGUCAUCAAUGGUUGUCCUGGGUGUAACCCCGUCUGCCGUCUACAUUGAACACUAUCUCUCUUUUUAAGCGAAAUUCUGAUGCUAAUAAAUUUAUUUUAGCUCUU